GAUUUAAAUGAUUCGUUUCUCGGUUGAAACAUUUAUUAUAUUGUAAACAAUUUCAUUUCCAAUUCACGUAUAAAAUUUAAUUAUAUUUAAUUAUACAUUAAAAAUGACGAAAGCUGAAAAUGGAGGAAAACCUGAAGUAAAGUCUGGGAAAUCUGAAAAGGACCGUUCCAAUAAACGUGCUCAUAAGAAAGAAAAACAAAAACCUCAAACGAAAAUUAUUAUUCGACAUUUACCUCCAACUAUGACUGAGGAAGAAUUUCUUAAACAAAUAGAUCCACUCCCUCCGCAUGAUUUUUACUAUUUCGCUGCACCAGAUUGGUCCUUGGGUUAUGACGCUACUUGCCGCGCCUAUAUAACUAUGAAGAACUAUGAUGAUGUGUUCUUGUUUAGAGAUCGAUUUGAUGGAUACGUUUUCGUCGAUUCUAAAGGUGCUGAAUAUCCAGCUAUCGUUGAGUUUGCACCAUUUCAAGGACUCGUUAAAAAUAAAUCACGCCGAGUUGACAGUAAGGUAAACACUAUUGAGCAAGAGCCUCACUAUCAACAAUUCCUAACCAAGUUGGAGGAAGACCGUGAGGCUGCGAAGGGCAGUGAAAAUAAAUUAGAAUUUAGUUUGGACCGCAAAAAAGAAGAAAAAAUAACAUCAACACCAUUACUGCAGUAUCUGGCCAAUAAAAAAGAGAAACGUCGUGAGGAGGCAAAACGACGACAAGAGGAGAAACGUCGCCAACGCGAUGACGACAAAGAAAAAAGGAAACAAACACAAUCUCAACAACAAGUAACAAAAAUAAUAUCAAAUACCGAAGGCGGUGGAAAAAGUGGGAAUAAGUUGGCUAGUGGCAAGGAGAAUAUUGUCGGUGAUAAAAAUAACCAGCAACAACCGAACGAAGAGGGUAAAAGUUCGCGUUCCCAGCGACGAGCCGAGCGCAAUCAAAGAAGACGUGAAGAGUUUGAACGUAAGCGCCAAGAACGGGAUCAGCGAGAUAAAGGUGGCGAAGGAAAAUCAAAAACAGAGAAUAAUGUUGAGUCUAAUUCGGCUAACGAUAAAAAAGGUAAAGAACAAUCCCAACAUGGAAAUAAGUCAGAUGAUGGGAAACAAUCUCAGCGUAAAGAAGGGGGAAAACGAUACAGUGAACGUCGGGAACGUGAAAGAAAUCGCAACCGCAAGGACAAAGAAAAAGAGAAGACAAAAGAUCCUUCAGCUGAUGACGAAGUGCUUAAAACUGAAAGUACAGCAUCAGAAGCUUUUAGAGCUGCAGCCGCUGCAGCAGUUGCUGGCGGAGAAGCCAUUGUUAGCGAGUCUGUUAUGAAUUUUAUACGUAGUGUAGCAACUGCCAAGGAGUUUGUUCCCAAGCACAAACAACAAGAAAUGAAAGAUCAGCAGAGGAAUUCCUCUGACGAAAAGUUGGCAGAAAAAGAUGAUGAAAAGGAAGUAAACACGAAAUCGUCAAUGGAAGUGCUGAAGAAAACUGAUUCGAAUAUAGAACUUGAUACUCGUACGCCAAAACAGCGCGCAGCAGAUGAACAGCGUCGUAUUAGAAACAAGGAUCGUCCCUCAAUUGCCAUCUAUCAACCGAAAGCUCGCAUACGUAUUUCUGAAGAGCGCGAUCCCAGUACUUCUCAACCUCAAAGUAGUGGUAAAAGCGAUACUCGUAGUAAUCCUACUUCUGAUUGUGAAAGCGUUAAAAAAGAAGAAACGAGAACCAAAAAGGUCUCUCGUUAUUCAGAGCGACGGGCAGAAAGGCGCAAUAAUAAUAAUAAGGAAAAAUCAAAAAAAUCGCCUGAUAACAUUGAACCCGUUCAGAAAGAUGAAGUGGAACAGUCAAAUGCGGCUGAAACUUUGGACCUUGAAAUCCAGGAUUCUGAAAACCCCAUUGAGCAAUAAAUAUGUUUUAGAGUUUCAGUCAGAAUUUAUAAACAAAUAUAAAUUAUACUUUAAUUUUUUACAUAUAUGCUUAAGUUUUAACUCUCAAUAUUGGCGGCAUCUUUCAUAAAUAACCCUUAUUUGAAUAUGAGUAAUGUAUUUUAUAUUCUUAAUAUUAUAUAUUAAAAAUUUCUUCUGAAGAAACAUAACAUAAGGUUUUAUAACGCUGCAAUAAAUAAAUAUCCGUAAUUCCAA